CAAGAUACCACAUGUCAUCAGAAUCUGUGCUUUGAACCGGGUAAGAGGGAGCAGCACAGCAGAGAGCAAGCAAGCAAGAAAGAUGGCGACUGUGGUGUUGCAUCAUUCGAUGUCCAUUAAUUUUCUGAGUUGCGUGGCUGUGCUGAGCUCACUUUUGCUCAGCUGCCUCUGCUCUUCUCUCGAUGACACUCAUCACACCAUUCAAGUCAGCUCUCUCCUGCCAGAGUCUUCUUGCAAAACCUCCCUCACCCCUCAACAAGUUGAUGACAAAAGAUCAUCGCUAAGAGUGGUCCACAAGCAUGGCCCAUGCUCACAACUGGUUCAGGACAAAGCAAAUGCACCAACCCAUGAUCAAAUCCUCCUCCGAGAUCAAUCAAGGGUCAAGUCAAUUCAAUCAAGGUUCUCCAAAAUCACUAGUGCCAGUGCCAGUACCAGUGAGACCAAUCGCGUGAGGGACUCAAAGGCUGAUCUUCCAGUGCAGUCGGGCAGCACGGUCGGCGCGGGCAAUUACAUAGUGACGGUGGGCCUUGGCACGCCGAAGAAGGAACUGUCCCUCAUUUUCGACACGGGUAGUGACCUCACUUGGACCCAGUGCGAGCCGUGCGUGAGAUACUGCUACAAGCAAAAGGAGCCAACUUUUAACCCUUCACUGUCCGCAUCCUAUACAAACAUCACUUGUUCCUCCUCACUUUGCUCUGCCCUCAUUUCUGCCACAGGAAACACUCCGGGGUGCUCGGCAUCCACAUGUGUCUACGGCAUACAAUAUGGAGACUCCUCGUACUCGGCCGGGUUCUUCGGAAAAGAGAAAUUGACAUUGACAUCCACAGAUGCAUUUGACAAUUUUUUAUUUGGUUGUGGCCAGAACAACCGUGGCCUCUUCGGUGGUUCCGCGGGGCUGCUUGGACUCGGCCGAGACAAACUUUCUCUAGUGCAACAAACCGCGAGCAAGUACGGCAAGUAUUUUUCGUAUUGCCUACCAUCAUCAUCUAGCUCCACUGGACACUUGACCUUUGGCAAAGGCAGUGGAGCAUCUAGUUCCGUAAAAUUCACACCCUUGGCUACAAUCUCGCAAGGCGAUAAUUUUUAUGGUAUCAACAUAGAAGGAAUAAGCGUAGCCGGGACUAAACUAUCAAUCUCCUCGAGUAUUUUCUCGAACGCCCCUGGGAUCAUAGACUCGGGCACCGUGAUCACUCGCUUGCCGCCCACGGCGUAUAGUGCACUCUCUAGGGCUUUCAAGAAAAUGAUGACAAAAUAUCCGACGGCACCUGCUCUUUCGAUCCUAGACACCUGCUAUGACCUCAGCAAGUAUAGCACGGUGUCAAUACCGAAAGUCAGCUUCUAUUUUAACGGUAGGAUCAACAUCGACUUGGAACCUUCAGGAAUAUUGUAUGCUGCGAGUGCGUCACAGGUCUGCCUGGCAUUUGCUGGGAAUGGGGACGACACGGAUGUUUUGAUAUAUGGGAAUGUGCAGCAGCAGAGUUUCGAGGUGGUGUACGAUGUCGCUGGAUUGAAGCUUGGGUUCAGUCCAAAGGGUUGUGCCUAAAAAUGAGCUAGUGAUGGGGAAAAACCGUGCACUAGCUCUUGAUGUUUACUGAUACUUACAAAGGUAGGAGACUAUGAUUUUAGAAUAAUGAUCCGCGCGCCAAAAGAAUGUGGUAUACAGAUUGUUGUUGUAAGCUGGGAAUCUGGUUUGGCUUCCAUAUAUAUUUUGGUGCAAUCAAGACUAUCUAGUGUAAAAGCAAAUAGAAGAAAAUAAGUGAUAGGAAGACACUGUUACAAUCAAUUUGAUUGCUAUGUAAGACACUGUUAAUGAUCAAUAUGAUGAGCCUCACAGCUUUAAGAUUCACAUAAAUCAGAAAGCUGAAGCUUUGUGCUA